UGUUACAAGGCCAAUGACUUUGUUGGAUGUAAUCCUUAAAUUACAGAGUGAUGAAGCCACUAACUAUCCCUAUGGCACAAGCCAAAGUUACCCAGCCGAAAUUCCUAGCUUUCCAAAUCCAAACUCUCUCUCCCAACAGACUAUUCCGAAUGUUUGCUCUCCUGAACUGACUGGUACUAACCUUCUCUCUGAUGAAAAGCCAAACUUUGCUAGCGAUACAAACCAAAUCUCCCAUCCUAUACAUCCCAGCUUCUCGCAAGCCUCUAUUCCCGAUUUUCUUUCUACUGAAAGCCGCGUCAUGCUUAGUUGUACAAGAGAAACCCCCCUUGAAAAAAUUCUCGACUUUCUUUCUCACUAUGAUAGUUCCUACUCUCUCUCUGAUACAUAUCCCAACUUGCUUAGUGAUACAAGCCAAACCCUUGUUGGGCUACAUGACUCUCUCUCGGGUGAAAGCCGCACCUUGCCCACUGAAGAAGCCUCUCUUUCUCAUUCAAAUUCUGGUGAAAGUAAUGUCUCGUUCCUUGGAAAAAGGCCCGCAUUCUCUUCUGAUGAAGUCCUCAUCAUUGAUCUCACUGAAGAAAACGGUCCUUACUCUAUACUUAAAGACAAAGUCCCCAACAGGAAGAGAAAAACUGUUCCAUCAUCAUCGGGUUAUUUCUGUGAGAUAUGCAUGGAUCAUAAAUCCCAUGAAGAGAUUUUCUCAAACCCAACAUGCUUUCACAGCUAUUGCAAUGAGUGUAUUGCAAAACACAUAGCUUCAAAAUUACAAGAGAAUUUCACCAUAAUUUCGUGCCCCAAUCCUUCUUGUAACCAAGUUUUAGAGAUAGGAAGUUGCAAGCCCUAUGUUCCAGAGAGUGUUUUUCAGCGAUGGUGCGAUGUACUAUCUGAGGAUUCUAUAUUGGUCAUCAACAAGUACUAUUGCCCCUUUAGGGAUUGUUCUGGGCUUUUGGAGUUUGAUGCGGUCAAUGAUGGCAACAUAAGGGAGAGUGAAUGCCCUUAUUGUAGGAGGCUUUUUUGUGCUCAAUGUAAUGUACCAUGGCAUUCAGAAAUGAACUGUGAAGAGUUCGAGGAGGUGAGAGGUAAUAAGGAGCAUGACAUUUUGUUUUCUGAGCUGGCAGAGGAGAAAAACUGGAAAAGGUGCCCUCUCUGUAAGUAUUAUGUGGAAAGGAAGGCAGGUUGUGAUCAUAUGACUUGCAGAUGCAAGUAUGAAUUUUGCUACCGAUGUGGAUCUCCAUGGGGUCUCAUACAUUGUUGUCUGUGAACAUGAAGAAACAUACUUCAAAGGAGAAAAACUAUCAGUUUUCAUGAUUUAAUUUCUGUUGUUCAGUAUUAAUACUCAAGAAGAAACUAAGACUUCAUUUU